AUGAACAGAGCAAGACACACUGGUAAGAUUCGCAGGCGACUGGAGGAGGUCAAGAACUGGUCGUUCCGGCUGGCGAAAGUGGACUUUAGCCACAACGAAAGUGUGCGCCUGGCCACAGAUGCCCUCUUAGAUGGUGGGUUCUCGUCCUACCUCAAAGCCUUGGAAGAAGAAGGAGAAGUUGAUUUCCUGUCUACGGUGGAAGCGCAAUACAUCAAAAAGAAUGCAAGGGAGCCGUACUACUCCAGUGACACACACGGCGAUGGGGAAGGUGGACCAAAGCAGAGUAACGAAGCCCGGUCUCUCGCAUCAGGAACGUACUUCCCCCUUGUCUCUGAGAACAGCGAGCCAGCCCUCCUUCAUACAUGGAUUGCUGCAGAGAAGCCCUACCUAAAAGAGAAGUCAAGCGCCACCGUGUAUUUCCAAACAGACAAGAGCAGCAAUAUUAGAGACUUGAUUCGCCGCUGCAUUAACAAGACCAGUCAGGUGCUGGCCAUACUGAUGGAUGUGUUCACAGAUGCAGAGAUAUUCUGCGAUGUCUUAGAAGCAGCCAAUAAGCGGAGGGUGUUUGUCUACCUGCUGCUUGACCACAGCAACCUCAGGCUCUUCACUGAGAUGUGUGACAAGCUGCACAUCGCAGAGAACCAGUUCAAGAACAUUUCUGUGAGAAGCGUUACAGGGGAGGUCUACUGUGCCAAAUCGGGCCGGAAGUUCUCGGGGCAAAUCCAAGAAAAGUUCAUCAUCUCAGACUGGAGAUAUGUUCUCUCUGGAUCCUACAGCUUCACGUGGCUGUGCGGCCAGGUCCAUCGGAAUUUCCUCUCCAAGUUCACCGGCCAAGUGGUGGAGCUCUUUGACGAAGAGUUUCGCCAUCUCUACGCCAUGUCCAAGCCGGUGGCGGGACUGAGGCCUCCGUCACACACGUCGCUCCUCUUACUCAACAAGAGCACCGCGGCCACCCAAGGCAGCCUCCCCAGCAGCAGCACCCGGGGACACAUGCGAACCCCCUCCGACCCAUUCAGCUGCCCGUCCAACAGCAGCCUCUCGGCAAACCAGCCGCCUCCCAGGGCUCCCGUGUACAACAGCCAGUCCACGCCGCUGUCGCCGCUUACCAGAGUCCACUCUUUCCAUGGCUACACCACAUUCAUGGCUGCCCCUCCUCCAAACGGGGUCCAGGUCAACUAUUACCAGCGACAGUACAUCACCGACUCCCCGGCCAUCCUUUACAACAACAUUAACAUUUACAGACCGGUGCGAGUGAGGCAGGAGGGUGUCAGCAGGGCACAGAUGAACCCCGUCUGGCAGUGCCUUCACAAAGCCAAUCUCAUGGGAUGA